CUCAUCGAAAUGGAUUGGAUUCAGAAGAUCACAAACCAGGUACAAGAUCUCACGCCCUACGAUGUUAAAUCCUACAUCGAAAAGGCAAAGAAUAUUGCUAUGAACGUACCAGAAAUGGAAGCUAAAGUAAAUGAAGCUACAAAUGACGAUCCUUGGGGCGCUAGCUCUACAUUGAUGCAGCAAAUAGCACAAGGUACAUUCAAUUUCCAGGAAUUCAAUGAGAUCUUGCCUACUAUCUAUCGCAGAUUUAUGGAGAUGGAGGCACGUCAAUGGAGACAAAUCUAUAAGGCACUUCAACUCUUAGAAUACCUCGUUAAACACGGUUCUGAACGUGUGGUGGAUGAUGCAAGGUCACAUAUUAGCACCAUUAAAAUGCUCAGAAACUUCCACUACAUUGACGAGAAAGGAAAAGACCAGGGUAUCAAUGUACGCAACAGAGCUAUGGAAAUCGUCAAUUUGCUCUCAGAUGUUGAAAAAAUUAGAGCAGAGCGUAGAAAAGCAAAAGCUAAUCGUGCAAAGUAUGUCGGUGUUGGUAAUGAUCAACUCUCUGGCGUUUCUUUCAAUAUGUCUGGUUCCAGAUAUGGUGGAUUUGGCUCAGAAAGCCUUAAUAACUACUCAAACCAUGCGGCUUCCUACAGUGGAUCACGUGGGUUUAGCGAUGCUGAUAACAACAAAGAGGAAUAUGAGGAAUAUGAUGCAGGUGACGAUGAUGAUCGUGCAGAAGAUUAUCAUGUAAAUACACCAGGAAGUUCAACAACACCUGUCUCGAAACCUCAAAAGAAGGAGCCAGAGGUCGAUUUGUUUGACUUCGGUGAGGAUGAAACUUCUGUAGCGGCACCUGCGCAAGCACCUAGUGCACCUACACCUAUUAGUUCCAAGCCAGCUCAAGCUACUAAGCAAACUACAUCAGAAUUUGAUGACUUUGAUGACUUCCAAUCAGCUCCUGUUGUAGCACCAGCUUCAGCUACCCAGAACAUACCAGCUAUUCAAGCACCAAACCCUAAUGCCAACAUGUUGAGCAGUAUACCAUCUACUACGCUCCCAGUUACUGGAUUAAACAGUAUUCCACAACCAUCAGCUCCUACAGUUUCGCCUGUGGCUAACAAUCCAGCUACGAUGCCAAAUAGAUCUAAUGCAUCAAACCAAGCUAGCCAAGCUCCUAAGGACCCAUUUAGCGGAUUUGAUGACUUAUGGAAAUCAUCGAAAACAACGAAAACUGAAAAUACUGCUAAACCAUCAAUGGCUUCGUUAGCACAACAAAAAACAUCAGAUUCUUUAUGGAAUGCACCAAGUGGUACAUCAAAACCACAAGCAAGUCAAAAUAAUAGUAACAAUGAUGAUCUUUUACUUUAAAAUAUACAU